AUGAAUAUUUGCCAGUGAGCACCAAACAACUGUGCGCCGCAGUGCUUGAGCGAGUCAGGUCCUGAGGCCACUCUGGCGAUCCUCCUUACGAUUCAUGUGAAAUACCUACUGCAGGACAAAGCAUCUGACGGUUUGGAGGAUGUUUCUGUAGUCCUAGGAAUCCACAGUGAAUUCGAGUCUAGACUCAGUCAUUUUUCAGGGUCAGGGGAGGAGGGAGAAGUAGCAAAUCAGAUAUGCCCAAAACGUUACAGAGGUAACAGUGAAUCCAGGAUGCUGCUGUCAGCUUGUGCAUUGUGAAGAAGGCAAUCAUAGGCGAGCAGCCGCGGGAGCAGGAACAGCAGCGUGCUAAGAAGCAGUCACAUAAACAGCAGCAGGAGUAGGCCUCCUCCUUUUUAAAAGCAGGAUACUGCAGGGUCGCGAAAUGCAAGACACUCAGAUGUUUGAAAAUCUCCCCAGUUGAGAAUGGCUACUGUAAAAGCGUCACCAAGAAACUCUGAUGAUCUGGACAGUCCUAACUCUGUGUUAGCAAUACUUACUUCCGGCAAAUUAAUGCUACUUCUUGUAGAUUUUUGCAAAUAGGAAACCCCCUUGAAGAAGAUCUCAAAUUACGCCCCCCACCCCCAAAAAAAGACAAACAGGGGAGAACAAAGUUUUGGCAUGCCUGCAGGAACGGUGGCUUUUUUAGAAACUACCUAGGAGGCAGAAGCUAAGUGAUUUGCUCAUGCCUCUUACCUGGGAGUAGAAGGUGGGAAGAAAUGGACCGAGGCUGUGACGAGAAGACAAGGCACAGUGCAGCUUGGUGAAGCCACACGCUGACUGCGUUCUGCCCCCUCUUCAUGCAGUGCUGCGGGCUGGUGCAUCGCCGGCGAGUACGGGUGUCCUAUGGUUCGGCAGACUCCUACACUAGCCGUCCAUCCGAUUCCGAUGUAUCUCUGGAGGAGGACCGGGAGGCAGUGCGCAGAGAAGCGGAGCGGCAGGCCCAGGCACAGUUGGAAAAAGCAAAGACAAAGCCCGUUGCAUUUGCGGUUCGCACAAAUGUCAGCUACAGUGCGGCCCAUGAAGAUGAUGUUCCAGUGCCUGGCAUGGCCAUCUCAUUUGAAGCAAAAGAUUUUCUGCAUGUUAAGGAAAAAUUUAACAAUGACUGGUGGAUAGGGCGACUGGUAAAAGAAGGCUGUGAAAUCGGAUUCAUUCCAAGCCCAGUCAAACUAGAAAACAUGAGGCUGCAGCAUGAACAGAGAGCCAAGCAAGGGAAAUUCUACUCCAGUAAAUCAGGAGGAAAUUCAUCAUCCAGUUUGGGUGACAUAGUACCUAGUUCCAGAAAAUCAACACCUCCAUCGUCUGCUAUAGACAUAGAUGCUACUGGCUUAGAUGCAGAAGAAAAUGAUAUUCCAGCAAACCACCGCUCCCCUAAACCCAGUGCAAACAGUGUAACGUCACCCCACUCCAAAGAGAAAAGAAUGCCCUUCUUUAAGAAGACAGAGCACACUCCUCCGUAUGAUGUGGUACCUUCCAUGCGACCAGUGGUCCUAGUGGGCCCUUCUCUGAAGGGCUACGAGGUCACAGAUAUGAUGCAAAAAGCGCUGUUUGAUUUUUUAAAACACAGAUUUGAAGGGCGGAUAUCCAUCACAAGGGUCACCGCUGACAUCUCGCUUGCCAAACGCUCGGUAUUAAACAAUCCCAGUAAGCAUGCAAUAAUAGAAAGAUCCAACACAAGGUCAAGCUUAGCGGAAGUUCAGAGUGAAAUUGAAAGGAUUUUUGAACUUGCAAGAACACUGCAAUUGGUGGUCCUUGACGCGGAUACGAUUAAUCAUCCAGCUCAACUCAGUAAAACCUCCUUGGCCCCUAUUAUAGUAUAUGUAAAGAUUUCUUCUCCUAAGGUUUUACAAAGGUUAAUAAAAUCUCGGGGGAAAUCUCAAGCUAAACACCUCAACGUCCAGAUGGUAGCAGCUGAUAAACUGGCUCAGUGUCCUCCAGAGUUGUUCGAUGUGAUCUUGGAUGAGAACCAGCUUGAGGAUGCCUGUGAGCACCUUGCCGACUAUCUGGAGGCCUACUGGAAGGCCACCCAUCCUCCCAGCAGCAGCCUCCCCAACCCUCUCCUUAGCCGUACAUUAGCCACUUCAAGUCUGCCUCUUAGCCCCACCCUAGCCUCUAAUUCACAGGGUUCUCAAGGUGAUCAGAGGACUGAUCGCUCCGCUCCUAUCCGUUCUGCUUCCCAAGCGGAAGAAGAACCUAGUGUGGAACCAGUCAAGAAAUCCCAGCACCGCUCUUCCUCCUCAGCCCCACACCACAACCAUCGCAGUGGGACAAGUCGCGGCCUCUCCAGGCAAGAGACAUUUGACUCGGAAACCCAGGAGAGUCGAGACUCUGCCUACGUAGAGCCAAAGGAAGAUUAUUCCCAUGACCACGUGGACCACUAUGCCUCACACCGUGACCACAACCACAGAGACGAGACCCACGGGAGCAGUGACCACAGACACAGGGAGUCUCGGCACCGUUCCCGGGACGUGGAUCGAGAGCAGGACCACAACGAGUGCAACAAGCAGCGCAGCCGUCAUAAAUCCAAGGAUCGCUACUGUGAAAAGGAUGGAGAAGUGAUAUCAAAAAAACGGAAUGAGGCUGGGGAGUGGAACAGGGAUGUUUACAUCCGCCAAUGACUUUUGCCCUUUUGUGUUUUUUUUUUGUGGUUUUUUUUUUUUUGGUUUUUUUGGUUUGUUUUUGAAGUCUUGUAUAACAGCAUCCCCAAAACAAAGUCUUUGGGGUCUACACUGCAAUCAUAUGUGAUCUGUCUUGUAAUAUUUUUGUAUUGCUGUUGCUUGAAUAGCAAUAGCAUGGAUAGAGUAUUAAGAUACUUCUUCUUUUGUAAGUAAGUGCUACAUAAAUUGGCCUGGUAUGGCUGCAGUCCUCCGGUUGCAUACUGGACUCUUCAAAAACUGUUUUGGGUAGCUGCCACUUGAACAAAAUCUGUUGCCACCCAGGUGAUGUUAGUGUUUUAAGAAAUGUAGUUGAUGUAUCCAACAAGCCAGAAUCAGCACAGAUAAAAAGUGGAAUUUGUUGUUUCUGCAGAUUUUUAAUACGCAGGCACCUGAUUUGCAUAUUCAUUCAUGGACCACUGUUUCUUGCUUGUACCUCUGGCUGACUAAAUUUGGGGACAGAUUCAGUCUUGCCUUACACAAAGGGGAUCAUAAAGUUAGAAUCUAUUUUCUAUGUACUAGUACUGUGUACUGUAUAGACAGUUUGUAAAUGUUAUUUCUGCAAACACCUUCUUAUUAUAUAUAAUAUAUAUAUAUCAGUUUGAUCACACUAUUUUAGAGUCUUAAUGCCAAGUCAGCAGAUUUGCUUUAUGAAUUACAGGGACUAGAAAUGCCCACAUUCAGGAAAUUUGUAAUAACAUUGUCUAGACACUUAUCCUCAUUCUAGUAGAAAGUGUGUACAUACUGUAAAUAUGUGUGAUUGCUUGACUUGAAAAGGUUUGAAUUCUGAAUGUUAUACCAUCCUUGUAAGUUUGUAAUUUUCACCAUAAAUUAUGGUAAAUAUAAAACUCCAGAGGUUGUUCUACUCCAUACAUACAGUUCACACUGAUUGAUUGUGACACAUUCUUAGUAGCUAGUGUCUGUUCUAGUCACUGCACUGGAGUCUACGAGCCGGAACUCGCUAUAUGCACGUGUGUGUGUCCGUAUGUAAGAAAGAGUGUGCACGAGUGACUGAAUGGUUGAGAUGAAAUGGAAUGCUGAAGACUAAUGAAGAAACUAGAGACUGAUAUCGAGCAUUCUGCCCACCUGGCUCUGUAUUGAAUUGUGCUAUAUGUUGCUUUAAUAACCCAUUGAGCAGUCAGGGAAUGUGAGUAAGCUUGCUGCCAAAGGUAACUAGGAAAGCAUUCAUCUGCUGCCUCCUUGUUUUUGCUCCUAGAGAGUAAAAAUAAAGGCAAUUUUACUGUGAGUGUUUCACUGGAAAUGUACAAUCUUUGUGUGUUUGUUAGAGUAUUUGUUUUAGUAAGAAAUGUUUACACAGCUUGUGGAAUUAUUUCGUGGGAAAAUAAAUUUUUAUAACUUCUCCCACUU